AUGUCGCACAACCUCAAGAACAGAAGGCACGGCAUCUUCAAGGCGCGAAGUCCCUACGCCUUCGAGGGCCAUUUGGGCGAGGAGUUUAAGCCCGUUUGGGAAGGCGGCCAGGUAGCCCUGCUUAAUCUCUCCAACCGCUGCUUCGUCUCAGCCACGAAGACGGGCAGCUACUCUCCGAUUGCAACACGUCCUCGCCCGGUCCACACGAGCUGUUCGAUGUCGAGAGCAGGAACGAACUCGUCGCCUUUCGCAGCGCGCACGGCACCUACAUCGGGCUCGAAUCCGGGGGCGAGAAGCUUGUCUGCUCCGCAACGGCGGCCGGCCUGGGGCCGUUGUCGCGGCGAUCGCCCGGAAUGCAAGGCACGCUUUGAUUCAAUCCUACCACAGGCCUACAUUCAAGUCAACAACGGCCACUACGUGUCGGCCGAACGAAACCACAGCCUCAUUGCGCAGCGCUUCCGCCCGGGGAUUCCCGCCAGGGGAGACAGCUUCAUCCUUGAAGUCGGCACCACGCACUGCAGCUUCCGCUCACAGUACAAUCGGUACUGGGUCGCCGAGAGCAACGGCAACCUCUCUGCCGUCACGCCAGCGAGCAGCAGCAGGAAGAGCGCUCGCGAGGAAUUCAAGCUGGAGGGCUACCGCUCCGACCUCCUGGAGCCGGAGCACAUCUACUUUGGCAUCCGAACAACGCACGGCACCUUCGUCAUCUCGGAGGACGACAAAAUCGUCACCGUAUCGCACGAUGCCAUCCAAAAGAACGUGGCCAUGGCAUCACGCGUGGGCUACUGCUUCACCGACCACCUGUUCGAGAUCCUGCCGCAGCCCUCGUCGCCCCUCUCUCCCACUUCCUCAUCCUCCACUUCCUCGGCGUCUUCGCCUUCGUCGUCGUCGGCCGAUUUCAGUCGCUCGCCCUCAUUCUCGUGGGCCAAGCAGUCCUUCCCACCGCACACGCUUGCCACCAGCAGCAACAGCGGCUCGACCCACACACGACGCGAGCGCACCGAGAGCGAAAGCGGCAACGGCAGCCCCGAGGACAGCAUUCGCUAUCGCAUCGGUGCACGCCUUCGACAGCGCGUUGAUCGCAAGCUGCAUCGCGGCGCGCCCAAGAGCCUGUCCGAUCACCUGGAACGAUCGGGCGGGCGGGACAGAGACCUGCUGGCGCCCAACCCUGAACAACAGGUCAAGCGUGCCGACACGGAGCCGGUUGACAGACGACACGCCGGCGUGGCCAAGUCCAGUGAGGCCCUGCCCACCUACUCCGACCGAGGCCGGCGAAAGCAGGAGAACAGCAGCGGAAGCGGCGGCGCGAGUGGUGGUAGGAGUGGUGAUAGAAUGCGAUCGGUGGUGGGCAGCGACGGUGACUUCGAGGCCAUCGAAGUGUUUGUCGACGAUGAAGAGCAAUCGGACGACAUCGAGGACGGGUGGGAGGAAAUCACAGAGGGCUCCAGCGACGACUACGGCUACUUCGAGGCCCGAUUGCGAGCGCAGCAGGGGACUAAGUUAAAGUCACCGCCACCAAAGCCCAACGAAGCGCUGUCGCCGCGCAGCGCUGCUGCGGCCGUUGAGGCCAAGACCAGCACGGCCGUCACCACCACCGGGUUUGACCAGAUGGCGGGCGAAUGGGUGAUCGACCCGCGCGACCUUCAACUCUCCGACCGGGUCUUGGGCAAAGGGUUCUUCGGCGAGGUCAAGAAGGGUCGAUGGCGAGGUACGCCCGUGGCGGCAAAGAUCAUCUACCGCGAGCUCUUUCGGAGCAAGUCGGAUGAACAGCUCUUCGACAAGGAAGUGCGCAUGCUACGCUCGCUUCACCAUCCACAUGUCAUCCAGUUCCUGGGCGUGUGCCAGUUUAAGGAAAAGCGGCAGCGAUGUAUCGUGACCGAGUUGAUGGAAAAAGGCUCCCUACACGACCUCCUCCGCAACGAGGCCACGCUCUUCAAGGAUCCACUUCUUCGAGUGCGAAUCGCGCGUGACAUCGCCAAGGGAAUGUGUUAUCUCCACAUGUCCGACCCGCCGACCCUCCAUCGCGACCUGACGUCCAAGAAUAUUCUCCUUGAUCGCUUUCUACGGGCAAAGAUAGCUGAUUUUGGGCUGAGCCGAUUCAAGGAGGAGAAUGGGGUGUUCACGCAGGGCUGUGGCGCGUUGGCGUUCAUGGCGCCCGAGGUCUACCGAGGGGAAGCCUACAGCGAAAAGGCGGACGUCUACUCCUACGCCAUCGUACGAUGA